AGGAGGGAGGAGAACCCUCAGCUAGGGUUUGGGGCUGGAGCAAAGUAAAGUAGGGAAUUAAUUUCGAGUUUGGACCAGCUGUGGAAAAGUUAAGGGGGGUGAGGAGAGAGGAUGUUGCUGGGCGCAAAGGGAAUCCUUUUGGGAUGAGAACCCUACUCCUCACUGCAUUUUGGAUGGGAGUCCCCCCUUAAGUUCUUCCAUCCUGCGUCCUGGGUUGAGGCAACCUGUCUCCAGCCCUUGGCACUUUUCUUUCUCGAGUGACCCCGAGAGGGACAUUUUUCUUCUUUCUCCUCUGUCAGGGGGAAAAGGUUCUUUUUCUCUUCAAGGGUUAAAGCCCUCACCCCGCACCCCCACCCCAGGCAAGACACGCUCACGCUCGAAUCUGGUAUUCUUCGUGCUUGUCUGCCUCCAGUUGCGCCAGAUCCCGUCCCUCCCCCGCCCCCCUUCCUCGCCGAAGCCUCGGCUCAGCAGGCUCCCCGUCCCACCAUGGAGGUGCUGGAGAGCGGGGAGCAGAACCUGUUGCACUGGGAUCGCAAACUCAGCGAGCUGUCAGAGCCCGUGGAUUCCGACAACCUGAUGUACAACACGCAUUUCACAGAGCUUCUGGAUGAGUUUUCCCAGAAUGUCCUGGGCCAGCUUUUGAAUGACCCCUUCCUCUCAGAGAAGAAUGAGAUGAUGGAGGUGGAGCCAUCCCCAGCCUCCCCUGCCCCUCUCAUACAGGCUGAACACAGCUACUCCCUAUGUGGGGACUCCCGGCCUCAGUCCCCACUCACUCACAUCUCUACUGAGGAUACAUUCAAUGAAGCUAAUCUGGCAGGUGAGGAAUGGUGCCUGACUUCAGCAACCAUCAAGACAGAGCCCAUCCUGUGUGAAUCUCCUGGCCUUGUUCCAUCUGUCACUCUGACCAUCACUACAGCUUCUGCCCCUCUAGGCAGUGAGGAUCCCCAACUGCAGAAUGAUGCUGAGGUCAAGUCCCCAAGUCUGAAAAUUCUGCCCAAGAUUAAACUGGAGCCUCAUGAAGUGGAUCAGUUCUUAAACUUCUCUUCCAAGGAAGUGGUGGAACACUUGCAUCUACCCCCUACCCCUCCCAGCAGUCAUGGCAGUGAUUCUGAGGGGAGCCAGAGCCCUAGCCCAUCCCUGACACCAUCCAGUCCCACCCAGGGGCCAGGGAAGGUGACAUCUCGUUCAGCUUCAGCCCUCUCCAAUUCCCCUCUCCUGACAGCACCUCAUAAACUCCAAGGGUCAGGCCCCCUGAUCCUGACAGAGGAGGAGAAGAGGACACUGAUUGCUGAGGGAUACCCUAUCCCCACAAAACUGCCCUUGACAAAAGCAGAGGAAAAAGCCUUGAAGAAAAUCAGGAGGAAGAUCAAGAACAAGAUUUCUGCCCAAGAAAGUAGGAGAAAGAAGAAAGAAUAUAUGGACAGUUUAGAGAAAAAGGUAGAAUCUUGUUCAAAUGAGAACAUGGAGUUGAGGAAGAAGGUGGAGGUUCUGGAGAAUACUAACAGAACUCUCUUACAACAGCUACAGAGGCUCCAGUCUAUGGUUGUGGGCAAAGUUUCCCGUUCUUGCAAAGCAGCCAGCACUCAGACAGGCACUUGUCUCAUGGUCGUUGUGCUAUGUUUUGCUGUUGUGUUUGGCAGCUUCUCUCAGAGCUAUGGUCCCUAUCCCUCUGCUACCAAGAUGGUACUUCCAAGCCAGCAUUCUACUCCAGAGUCAUACACAGCCUCUAUUGUGAGAUCCAGGAGUCUGCUGAUUUAUGAAGAACCUCUUCCACUAGAGGAGGCUCAGAGCCUAGCUUUACCUGGGGAUCAAGGGGACCUUGAAGACAGAGAAAGAGGGCCCCCAAUCCUUGAGACAUCCAUGUUGGAGCCAAGACCCAGGGCUGAAGAGGCCAGUGUCACUCAGUUCAGGAUAUCAAAUGAGACGAGGUUAGAGAAGUCAGUGCUGUUGGAACUUGGGCAGCAUCGGAUCAGCUCCAAACUGGAGGCAAAUGAAACCCUCAAAGUCAUUGAAAUUGACAGAAGAGUCAAUGCGACUUUUUAAGGAGCUUCUCCACCUCUUCCUCACCUCCUCCUUGCCCCGCAAAUAGAGCCCGACCAACCAACUUCAACCAAAGCGAUGAAAAGUGGUAGUUUGGGCCAUGAAGAGAGGCUGAGAGACUUCCUCAGACAUCCUGAGGGAUCUUCAUCUCCUUCUCAAAUUCCCCCUCCUCCCCCACCGUCCCCGUGUUUCUCUUUCCCUCAUUGCCACAGAAAAUUAUUUUAGAGUUAGGAUCAGGGGGUGGGUCAUGGGCCUCCUUCCAACCACAGUGCCAAGAAAUUGUUCCCCAACCCUCAUAAUUGUGGCAAGAUCAAUGUUAGAGGAGGAGAUGAGUCUCUUUGAGUAGAGUCCUUAGUCUUGGCAAAGAGAACCUCUUUUUGGGAGGUGACUGACCACCAUCUGUCUGGUUUGUCUCAGUGUUUAACCUUGGUAGAGCUGGGUGGCAGGUCAAACUGAAGUCACCAAGAAGAAACCCCAAUAGACUUUAAGAGAAGAACUGCCAGGAAAAUCAGCCUUCAUUUUCCAACCUGUUCUCUUUCUGCUCUCCCCAUUGGGGCUCUCCUUUACCACCAUCCCUUUCUUCUUCUCAAGACUCCAGGUAAAACACCCUAGGGAAUGUUUAUCCUCCUCCAGAUCUCCUUGUCGUUGCUUAUAGGUUCCCCCAUUAGCCCCCCAACCCUCAUCCAUGUACUCAGAGUUCUACCUCCCAAACUCCUCCUUGUUGUAAAUAGUAUUUAUUAGCUUUCUGAGGCUUCCCUCUGGCAGCCAAACUGAAGAGAUUAGAUGCCUCCCCCUCAAUUUAGCCAAAGACUUGAACUGAGCUUUGGCAUUGAGAGGUUGGGGGAGGCUUUAAAUCUUGCCCCUUCCCCACUCUUCCUCCUACCCCUACUUCCCAGCCCUAGUUUCAUUCCUUUUUUCUUUUUCUUAAAACUUUUUUAAAAACCCUAAGCCUGUAAGAAAAUUACAGGUCAUGAAAAGCCCCUACGCCUGUAACUUCCAGAUACAAAACACCAAACUCUUGUCUUUGUCUAGGCAGACUCAUCUGGGCUCCUGUGACCCAGCAAUAGGGCUCCUUCACUCUUUCUUUAUUCAGGAAGUUUAAAGCCUUAUCCCUGGGACCAGGGACCCUGAGCAUUGCCUUUCUGGACCCUUGCUUUUGACUUUUCUUGGACUUUCUGCUCUAUUGAUUUUACCUGUGCAAUAAGGACUAUUUUGAAGUUCCUUGUACUGGUGGGGCAGAUAACUUUGGCACGUACAUAUUUGUUUGCUUUCCCUUGGGAGCCUUUGACUCCUUUUCCCCUCUAAUCCAAAGAGACCUAUUUUAAUUGACCUUUGCAACUUUAUUUUUUUAUGAUUUAAAAUAAACUUUUUAUAAAAGAAAAAAAAUUCUGCCCCUUCUCAUAUGAAUAGGCAGUGGAAAUUGCCUUUUAAAUUGUACAAUGUAACAAGCUCUCCUUAAUUUUUUCCCCCUAGCUUGUAAGAUAUUUUUGUAGGAAAAAUGUUUUCAUUUUGUAUUUACAUCUGUAAUCGCUCUUUCUCUGCUUCUUUUGUCCCAUCUGUCCAUUCUAUUAUUGCAUGCUUUAUACUUAAGAGGGAUUCUCAAAAUGAUCCAUGGACCUCCAAUCCAAUAACAGGUAACAGGAUUUGGCAUCAUUAACAUUCCCUAUUCUAUCUUGCAAAUGAAUUCCUGUUUUGUCUGUUCUGAUACAUUUGGGGAUCACAGGUGUAUUUCCCCUGACCCUACUUUAUUGCCCUAAGUUCCUGCAUUCUAAUAUCAGAAGUCUGAUUUUAGAUCUUAGAAUCAGAGAUUGUUAGGCCUGAACAGGUUCUUAAAAAUCAUCUCCUUGGGCCCUGGGUGGUAUUGGUAGGAAUUGGAGAGAAGGGAAGAAGAAAGGUCACUUUUGAACAUCUUUACUCUGAAUUUUAAUUGAACACAUGGACUUUCAGAGCUUGGGAGUGAUCUUAGACAUUAUCUUAUCUAACCCCCCAAUUUUUACAGAUGAAGAUAUUGAGGUGAAGUUAACUAAUAAGCCACAUAAGUAGGACUGGAAUUAGAACCUAUGUUUCCUGGCUCCUGAACUAACAUUCACUAUGCCAUAUUACAUCAUUUGGGUGAUAGAGUUAAACAAGAUGAGGCUCAAGUGAUUUUUGAAGGAGUAAAGUGAGAGGACAACCCAGUGCAAUGAUCUCCAUCAUUCCUGCACCAUCUUGGAUGUCAGUGAUCACUAGACAUGACUAACAGUGGAAGACUCAUUACUUUGUGCAAAAAGAAGCAGAUUUCCAGCAAAGACUGGCUUUAAGGAUUUCCCCUAUUCUCUGUUUUGACCCCACAAUACCCUUCUCUCUCAUAUAUCAGUAUGAGGAAAGCCAGAGAACAGUCUUGCCGGCCAUAAAUUGGAUGGACGGAAUAUGCUUUGAGUCUUAAUCUGCUUCUGGGUGCCUUUAGGUGGCCUACCACAUAGUGGUAUCAGGGAAAAGACCUUCUACUUGGAGUCUGAAGACUGCUGAUCAAGUAGGCUCUGCCACUUAAUAGAUGUGUGAGAAUGGCAAGUUCCUUAAUAGCUUUCUGGCCUCUGUUCCCUCAUCUGUAAAAUUCCUGCACUGCCUACCUCACAGGGUUGUUGUGAGGAUCAAAUGAAAUAAUGUAUGUAAAGUGCUUUAUAAACCUUUAAGUGUAAUGUUGUAAAUGUAAGCUAUUAUUAUUAUUGCUAUUGCUAUUGUUAUUAUUAUUAUUAUUAUUAUUAAGUAGCUUAACAAGCAUUUUAUUAAGGGGCACCAUGGACUUCAUCAGAGCAGAUGCAGAAUGACCAGGCCAGAGAGAAUGGAUUGUGUAAUUCUGCCUGUUCUUUAGCUUCACCCAGAACCACCAGUGGGUUUGAUUUAUGUUCAUUUCCAGUAGCAUAGUCAAUGUCCAAGAUGCCUGCUUUGCCCUGAUGAUUUCAGCAGCUCCCAAGUAUUGGCAGGAGUUGGAGUCUAGGGAGUUUCAAGUGUUGAUGAAUCAGGAUAUUAGAGGAGCCAUAAAAUAAAUAAAUAAACUAUAUUUGUGGAAAUCAAA